AUGGAUCCCUUCAACGAUGUGGCUACGCGCAAGCCCACCUCCGCCCCCGACGUAACGGAAUCCCCUGAACGCCCAUCACACGACACCAUAUCAAAUGAAACUCUAUCUCAUACGACCCUGCUCAAGGAGUGUCUUGACGCAGCAUUGGAUUUCUUGUCAACAUCCAGUAAUGAAAGACUACUUGGCGUAUUCUUCCUCCUCUUCAUCGGAACCUACUUAAUCCUGGGACGACUUGGGCUGCUUUUGAUCGGAGCAGCGCUAGGUGUUAUUCUCCAUGCAACAUGGGAAGGAACGGCUUCUACAAAUGGAAAUGGAAAUCUCGAGGCGCCGAAGCGGCGACGGGAACUAGCUCUGGAAGUCUCCAGGAGAUUGUUGGACUGGCCCCUCCGCGCAACCUUGACCACGGGUGAUGACGGAAAGGACAGUAAUACCAUUGCUGCGCCGGAGGACUUGUCGCUGGCUGAGCUUGAAUAUUCAACUUUCCGGCCUGCGACUGCCGGCGCUUUGAGAUUGCUCACUGAUGCGGUGCUGCAAGACUACGUGAAAUAUUGGUACGAUCCGAUUCUACCAGGAGAGUCAGUAUUCCCCGGAUCUUGUCGAAGAACCUUGACCCAUUUUGUGACGAAUAUCUCGUCUCACCUAUCGCGCAAACGGACCGAGGAUACGUUUCUACAAUUUCUUACAAAUUCAUCAUCCAUUAUUAUCGUCUUUUUAAAUGAGCUGGCUGCUGCAUUUGCUGCCUCGGGGUCGUCAGAAGCAGAAGCCCAAACGAUUGUUGAGCAAUACCUUACAGAUGCCCCGGAUAGCAGUCUUGCGAAUGUGCUCUCCAAGGAGCAGCAACGCAAGAAGCUUAACAUGAUUUCUGACGACAUCUUGUCCAAUUACCUCGACCCGAAAGCAUACCGCUGCUCCCCCGUCCGGGACUUCUUAAGAGAGAUCUUUGCAAGAGUUGUACUCGAGUCGACCGUGAUCAGCCUUUCCCGGCCCGAGUUUAUCAACGACUGGCUCAUUUAUCUUCUCCAGGAUGGAGAAUCCGAGAUCAUGCACGCAAUUGACGCAGGCGUUGAAGGUGCACGGAAACAGGGAGUCAACGUCUCGAGAUCCUCGGAAGACUCAAAACCUAUCACCCCAGAGCCUGCUGCUGAGCGGAUCUCUCAGGCUGCUGACAGCCAGGUCGAUGCCGCAACAGAAGAGGCUAUGCGAGAGGCAAAGCGCCUCAGUGCCAUGAUUGCUUCCCAAGAUGUGCGAAAUACACCUCCGCCAUCUAUCUCUCAAGACGUGCUCAAAGAGGAAGCCAUAUCUUCAAAUACGAAUGAGAAGAAUGGAUACCUAGCAGAAUCUUUAUCUAAUGAUCCGGUAACAAAUGGUCAAGAAAAUACAACAAUCUCAGACAAGCGCGCAUCAGUGAUAUCCAUGCGUCGCGAAGAGGCCCCUCAACCUGUCAGCCUCCAUGGGGCUCAAGUCUUGGUUGACGAUGACGGAGCAGGAUACGAAAAAGGACAUAUCAAAUCGCGACCAACUUGGGAUUAUCUGCUGCAAAUUGAACCAACCUCCACUCGCUCGACGGGAUGGAUGGUAUUCCGAAAAUACGCCGACUUUCAAUCCGUCCAUGAAAUGAUGGAGACGGUGGCCCGGUUGAAUCAAAUUCAAAGCUUCUCUGAGAAGUUCCCUAAACUGCCUGCUUGGAAGGGGAAAACAAGGCAAGACCUAGCCCGUGAGCUGGAACGGUAUUUACAGGAAGCUAUGAAACAUGAGGCUCUUGUAGAAACUGAACGCAUGCGACGAUUCGUCGAAAAAGAAGGGGGCAAUAGCGAAUCCAGUGUUGUGCCGAAGCCUGGAUUUUCAUUCCCUAAACAGAGUGCCCUUGAAAACAUGGGGAAGGGAGUAUUGGGGGCAUUGACCAACGCUCCCAAGGGAGUGACUGGAGUCUUUGGUGGUGCUGGCCACAACAGAAAGCCUACCAACACCAGCGAAAUACCAUCUCAGCAGCCAAAAGAUACCUCAACACCUUCAAUUGUUGCCAAGUCGAGUGACCAGCCUGUUUCAAAAACCAGCGAUGGAAGCAAUUCUCCACCGUUGGCUUCACCGGCCGCCUCUACUCUUGAGAUCUCACAAGGGGAGGGCUCUAUAUCUUCUGGCAGUGGUGUCCGGACCAGCAUCAGCCUGACUUCCAGUGAGCAGGACAAGUCUGUCUUAGAAUCAACCCUUGUACAGUCUGAGAGUAGAGUGUCUACCGAGUCACACAGGAUUGUCACAAAGGAACAAACAAAGACAGCCCCCGGGCUGACAUCUGAACUUUCGUCCAGUGACUCGGCCUUAGAUGAUGUAUCGGAGUCCACACCACAGAGUACGCGCCGUCAGCAAAGCCCAAUAACUACAGACGAGACUCAAAUUGCAGUGGAGUUGAUCUUUGCAGUCAUUAAUGAGCUAUACACAUUGUCUUCAGCAUGGAAUAUUCGCCGCACUUUGUUGAAUGCUGCCAAAUCAUAUAUCCUUCGUCCAGGAAAUCCUACUCUCGAGACGAUUAGAACUUUGCUGCAGGAGUCCAUGAUAGAGAGCCACACAUCGGAUGAGGCACUCUGUGAAUACCUGAAAAAGCUUCGUGAGAAUGCUCUUCCAACAGAAGCUGAGCUCAAGGAUUGGCUUCCAUCACCUACAGAUGAAGAGAAGGAACAACUGCGGAUCAAAGCACGUCGACUCUUUGUUCAGCGAGGCAUUCCGCAGGCACUUACUAGUGUCAUGGGUGCUGCUGCUAGCCGGGAAGCUUUGGAGAAAAUCUUCGACAGUCUCCAGGUUGAAAGUGUAGCCCAAGGAUUUAUUUUCUCAGUGCUUUUGCAGGGCCUACGAGUUCUAGCACUAUGA